AUCAGCCUACAGGCAAUACCGACAAUUUGUAGGGGACAACUAUAAGCCCACCACUUUCCUGACCAACUCACAAAGUAUAAAACACCCCCCCAGAUAUGGGAAGACCCGCACGAUAUACUUGACAAAAGAUACAAUAAGAAGUUUAAGAGCACUUAAACAACUAGACGUUGUAAUACAAACCAUUGAAUACCCAACUAGUGAG